AUGAACGCCCAAAAAUUUCUACUUCUCAUGGCUUUGAUUAUCCUUUCCACUCUCGUUUUACCCUCAUUACAACAUGACUCAAAAAACCAAACCCCCAAAACAGCUUUGAACACUGAAAGAUUUGACAAAAUUAAAGACAAGAUAAAUAAUAUACGAUUUAGACUACGUAGUAUAAAUCCAGAAAUAAAAGAACAAACAGCAAUAAUUCGAGUUGUUAAAAAUCGCAUAAAUGAGCAAAAAUUUGCAGUAGCUGCAGCCUAUCUACAAGCUUUACGUGCUCUAAAAUAUAAACAAGUUGAAGAAAAUCGACAAAAUUUACUAACUCAAGUAUAUGAAGAAAAGAGAAAUCUCGAAAUGAUUUUAAUCAGUUUAGAAAAUGAAAAAGAGCAAGAACUUGAAGGAAAUAUAAUCGAUAAAAUAUUUGACCUAAAUAAAAUAUCCCGAGAUCUAAAAGAUGUAAACACUCUACAAGAUAAACAGAAUCAACCAUUUCUAGAAAUUCUACAAAUUCUAAAAAUUCUACAAGAUCUACAAACUAUUAAAACUCAAAGGUAUACAACGGCUGCAAACCUGGAAAUUUAUAUAUAUUGUCUAAAAUCUGUAAAAGCUAAAAAAUAUAAAGAAGCUCUAGAAAUAGUAGGAUAUCUACAAAAUAUAGAAGAUAAAAAAAUUACAGAAGAUCUAGAAGGUCUAGAAAAAGAUUUAAAAGCCUUUCCAGAAAAAGAAUUACCUCAAGAAGAGUCAAAAUCUUUAAACCCGUUGGUUGAAAGAAAUAAAAAGGUUCAAGCCGAUCUAGAAGAAAAAAUUUAUAGCCAUAUCACUCUUCAACAAAACCUAAAGGGUUCAGAAAGGAAACUAACCGAAGAAGCUCUAAAUACUCUAAAAGACUUAAAAAAUAUUUUAGAUGGCAAACAAGAAACUCUAAAAAAAAUACAAGAAUAA